AAAACCGUCCAUUUCAUGUCAGUAAGAAAUCGCAUUGAACGCGAGAGGUUGUGUUAAUAAUCAUGAAGUUACUGCAUAUCUUCUCUGUGUUGGCUCUGGUGACAGCCGCCUGUGCCAGAACCACAUUCAACCAGCAACCGGUUUCGCCUGUCAUCACAUCACUCACUGAUAAGGAUGCAAGGGCCAAGGCUUCCACUCAUCCAGCAUUUGCCAACGCUGGCAGGCAAGCCGGUGUUGAAGUGUGGAGAAUCAAGGAUUUCAAUCCGGAGGUGGUAUCACAGAAAGAUGUCGGAAAAUUGUACAAGGGUGACUCCUAUAUAGUGCUUAAGACAACUGCUGACAAUCGCAACAAGUUAUCCUGGGACAUAUACUACUGGAUCGGGAGUGAGUCUACCCAGGACGAGUCUGGAGCGGCCGCCAUCUUGACUGUGGGUCUAGAUGACAAGUUCAGCGGCGCUGCUGUCCAGCAUAGAGAGGUUCUGGGCCAGGAGAGCCAGCAGUUCAAGGAGCUGUUCCCUUCAGGUAUCCAAUAUCAGAGUGGAGGAUAUGCCACAGGAUUCAAACACGUCACUACAAACGCCGGGGCUGAAAAGCGAUUGAUCCAGGUGAAAGGCAAGAGGAAUGUCAGAGUGCGUCAGGUCGACCCCCAAAUCUCGUCUAUGAACAGAGGCGAUUGCUUCAUCUUGGAUGUUCAACACGACAUUUACGUGUACGUGGGUGAGAAGGCGAGGAAUGUGGAGAAACUGAAGGCCACCUCCGUGGCGAACCAGAUCAGGGACCAGGAUCAUAAUGGACGGGGCAAGGUGGAGAUUGUGGAUCAAUACUCGAGCGAAGUGGAUGUACAGAAAUUCUUCACGGCCCUCGGCUCUGGAGCGAGGAACAUGGUGCCCGAAGAGAGUGCUGGUGGAGAUGACCAGGCAUUCGAGAGGAGCGAGGAACAGAACGUGGCUCUGUCCGAGGUUUCAGACAGCAGAGGCAAGGUUCAGGUCACGGCGCUCCCGAAACCUUUCAAGCAGGAACAGCUCAAACCGCAGGAAUGCUACAUUCUGGACACAGUCAGCGGUAGCAUAUACGUCUGGAUAGGAAAGCAGGCUACGGACAAGGAAAAGACAGAGGCUAUGAAUAAAGCUCAACAGAUUUUCACAUCUAAAAAUUAUCCAGCUUGGGUGAAAGUUACGAGAGUCCUUCAAGGCACGGAGCCGGCUGUGUUCAAGCAGUACUUCUUCACGUGGAGAGACAAUGCCAUGCCUCACAAUAGAGUCAUUUAGAGAUGAGAGGAGAGGUUUACUCGGACUUCCUACGCCUAACGGAAGACUUAAAAAUACUCAAAAUUAACAAUCAUUUUAUGCGAAUAGAAAAUGUGAUGUGACCAAUUUGUAAUUUAUUUCAUUUAGUGAACAAUAAAUCAUUUACUUACUUACUGACUAAUCAAUGUUAAGAAAUCAAAAUAAAUACGCAUAAUAUUAAUAGAUAUUUAUAGAUAAUUUUAUAAUGCAACUCGUGUA